UAAAAAAUACAACACGACAACAUUGUAAAAUAUCUGUCAUGUAUUUUAAACUUCAUCUUCAAAACUUUUGUUGUCCAAACAGAUGAUUACUAUUGAAUAAAAAAUAACUUAAUGUGUUCACAAAAUCACAAUAUUUUUACAGACUAUGAAAUAACUAAAUUACGAGGAAAUAAGAAAAAAGUAAUAUGGUAGCUGUAUUACACACAAAUAGUUCAUAAUUAAAUACAACAUAGUGCUGCAAGUACUUGUAGUAAAUAAAUUAUUUUAAAAUUUCAUUGAAAUCUCAAACCAUGGAUGCCGAUGUAGUUGAUUACAACGAAGCUUUUAAAAUAUCAAACAUUCAAGAUUUUAUUGCAAAAAACAUAUGUUUCAAUUGUAAUAAAUUCUUGAAUAUAAGUCCUAUUUACUGUUUACAAUUUAACGAAGGAGAUAAAACUCAUAUUUCGCCAAUAUGUGGACGUUGUUGGCACAUAACUAAAAAUCAUCAAGGUAAUAAGUGGAGACAAAUGGUUUAUGAAGACACAGCUGCAUUUAUGACUUUUCCUUGCUCGUUUAAGGAUGAAGGUUGUGAUUUAAUUUUGACAUGGGAUCGAGUACUUGAUCAUGAAAUGGGCUGUUUGAAUGCAAUAGUAAAUUGCCCGGCAAAUUUCUGCAGGCAAGGUAGCAGGAUUGAAUUUUCUUGUACAUGGAAAGGAAAUACUACUCAAUUGGAAAAACAUAUUGAAACAUUCCACAGGGAUUCAAUAAUGGAUCCUCCUUACUUUGAGCAGCUUCCCAAUACAGAUCAAAUAUACUUUACUAGGGUACAAACAAAAUUAGCAAUGAUUAUUUUUUUAAAAGAUAGUGAUAGUAAGUACUAUUGUACUGUUUUAAUAAAUGGCAGUAAUGUAGAAAGUCAAUACUACCAGUAUCAAAUAGAAUUGAAAGAUAAGAGUGAAAAAAAUUCAAUAAUUUUAAGAAAAAGUCGAUUAGAACCAUUCGGAAACCUAUUAGCUACAUUAGCUAGUGAAGACAAAAUGAUCGAGGUUAAUUUAAAAGCAAUACAACCUAUGAUUAGGAAGAAUCCUGAUUCAAGUCCAGUAGCAGCCAGGUUUGGAGUUGUCAAAAAAAAUAAGAGAGAAAUGCAACAGGUUGCUAGAGAAAAUGGUGUUAUUCUUAAAACAAACAAAACAUCUGCUAUUUCAAAUACUCAUUUGCUGGAUGAACAUAUAUUAUCUGAACUAGAAUGCCCUGUGUGUAACGAAUUUAUGAUACCACCUAUUUAUAUUUGCGUAAAUGGUCACAGUCUUUGUAAUGAAUGUUUGGAAAAAGUCCAAUGUUGUCCUAAUUGCCGUAGCUCGUUAGAGAAUAAAACUCGUAACUUUACAGUGGAAAAACUUACUACUAAAGUACACUAUCCUUGCAAAAAUCGCGAGAUCGGUUGUGGAAUAUCAACUACAUCUGAUAAAAUUCGGGAACAUGAGAGAGUUUGUGAUUUAACCGACACGACUUGCAUUUUAAAAUGUGGAACAAAAUUAACAAGAUUAGCAAUUUAUAACCACCUCAACGAAGUUCACGCCGACAAUAUCUUGAAGAUUAAUCAUAUUCAUACUAGAGAUAUUCAUGAUAAAAAAGAAAAUAAUUUUGCUAUGUAUGCGUUUGGAGAUAUUUUUCGAUUUACCAUUAAAAGCGCAUACAAUUCGCCUCUUAAGUUCAACUUACAACAACUGGGAAAAGAUCAACAAGAACGUUUUCGGUACAAGCUGGAAAUAAUUGAUAAAUCUGAUCUUGAACUACAUGUCACAGUUACUAGUGUAGUACAACCGUUAUCUGAUAAUCCAAUUAAAUCAAAUGCAGUAUCGAUACCUUGGGAUUUAGUAAAACCUGCCAUUUUUGAUAAUAAAUUAUUUUGUUUUAGAAUAAAUGUGUUCGUUAUUAAGAAGAGAAAGUAAUAAAGAUAACGUUAUUAGACUAAAGUAGGAUGACUGGAUUCUUAAAAUGUUUUAAUUAUUUUUUAACUUUGGUUUUAGUCAACUUGAUUAAACUUUUAAAUAAAUUUUAUAAUGGAAGGAAAAAACGAGUUAGUUAUUAUUUAUUUCUGGUCAGUUCAAGAUUAUAUGCAUCUAUUUCAGUUUCGCUCAUUUAUUUGUUUACAUGUUUUUAUCAUUACCACAUGUUUUAAUCGAUUUCCAAAAAUAUUUAUGAUUUAAAAAAAGACAAUUUCACUACUACUAAACACACUGUUUACACUACCACUAAACCAACACUCACAAUUACAAUGUUUGAUAUAAGUUUCGAUAACUAAGUUAUCGUCUUCAGAGGCAGUUCACCUUCAGUUUCUGAAAACGAUGAAUUGGUUAUCGUAACGCACGUCAGUGUAAUUGUGAGUGUUGUUGUAGUGGUAGUGUAAAUAGUGUGUUCAGUAUGAAUAUUACCAACGGUUCCAAAAAUUUCAACAUAAUUUCAUUACUACCAUGUGUAUAUUUUUUAUUUAAGUGUAAGUAGUUUAAGACAAUCAGUUGUAAAAACAGAUUUUAGACGUUACAUAACAUGUAAUUUUAAAUACUGCAUCGCAUAAUUAUAGUCUCAUUUACCAAGCUAUCUUGUCAUUCUGGCUUUCAAUUGUAUAUAUGUAUUUAUGGUAUUUGGGGUAUCGUAUACAUUGCGACCCAAAGGAUCUAUUAUGUCCCCCUUUCUUGCUGCAAUACUGGAGAACCAAGUGUUUACAACAGAUCCGUUAAUCCCACUCCUCUCAUCUACUAGGUCUAGCGUCUUCAGGUGUUUGUUGAGCCUCAAUAGGACUCCUGUAAGUAUUCGUAGAUUGUUCUUACUUAGGUUGAUACAUUCAGCAGAUCUUCAUUGGUUAUAGUUUCCAGAAGAGUCUUUGUCUGUCUCAGCCCCUGUAGGUUGUCUCAAUAAUUGGUUUUGUUCCUAUCUACCUUCUUUUCCAUUGUUCUGUAGCUGAUACCACAGAAGGGUUCAGGUCCCAUGAAGGACUUAUCUGCCCCUGCUUUAACGAGUUUAUUAUUACAUUUCCCGAGCUCGUUUAAUUUUUCUAAGCAAUCCCAAACGAGUUUGAAUUUUAUUAUAUUCGAGCUUAGAGCUCUAAUGGUUGCUUGACUAUCGGACAAGGUGAUGAUCUGUUUACGAUAAUUGAAUUCAAUAAUGUUUCCGCAUUUUUUCUCUAACAUAAAUGGCUAUAAUAUCCAUUCUUAGAACUGUGUAGAAAUAAAGUUAAAAUAUUUACAUUGUCACAAAUUUUCAAUUUGUCUAAUCGAAUUUUUUCCUUCCAAUUAAUAAAACAAAUUUCAUACAACAGCAUGCAUUUUAAUAUAUAUUGAAAUGAGUUCUAAUGCUCUAUCUUCAGUAGAUUGAUAUAAUAAUAUGCUUAUAUCUAAACUGUUUCUUCCUUGGAAGCAUGAUGUAAAGACUACAGUAGUGUUUACAUCAUGCUUGGAACAUAUGGAACAAUUAUAAUCAAAUUAUUUUAAUGAUUUUUUUUUUUGGAAAACUGUGAUGACAAAUAAUUUCAUAUCUAGGAUAUAAUUGAAUCUUCAAGAUAAAGUGUAAUAGUUCAUCCUACCGUUGAUUUUUUAUUAAUUUAAAAAUAAACUUUAUUAAAUUUGUAAACUUUUAGUGACCGCACUGUGGAAUAAACAAGUUGAACUUUUUUAUAUAAUCCAGAGUAAAGUAAUGCAUAACAAUUAUACUGCUCAACAGUUAGAGGAAAUUUUUUUAUCAAGUAAUAUUUAUAUUUAAUAUAUUUAAUAAAAAUAUGUUUAGUAGACCAUAUGUACCAUCAUCCACAAAGUUAUUUGUUGUUAUAUUGGAACUGUUCCUUUUUUAGAUUAGUUAUGUCAGUAAAUCUAAUUCAAAUGUCUUAUAUACCACAUUAAAUAAGAACAAAUCAAAUCUUUUUCAAUUUUCAAAUAUGUAUUUUUACCUAGUGACAUUUUUUUCAGUUUGUACUUUCAUUCUAAUAAAUUUUCAUUUUUU